AUGUCCUCGGAAAAGCCUCUUCUCGUGGUGUGUGGUGCCACUGGUACCCAGGGAGGUUCAGUCGUCUCGCACUUCCUCUCGAAGUCACCAUGCCCGUACAAAAUUCGUGGCCUCACUCGAAACCCAUCCUCGCCGAAAUCCCUCGCUCUGACCUCGAAAGGAGUUGAGAUGGUGGCGGCCAACUUCGCUGAUCCCGCCUCACUCGAUGCUGCUUUCGCUGGCGCGUCCUACAUUUACGGUACCAAUGACUUCUGGGUGUUCUAUGAGGACCCAGCGAGCAAAGAGAAGGCCAAAGCUGCUGGCAAGUCUCUCAUGAUUCUGAGCAAAGAGAAUGAUACCUUCGAGAACAAGAACAUCAUCGACGCGGCUGCCAAGGUCAGCACGCUCCAGAGGCUCGUCAUGAGCAGCCAAGCCUACACUAAGAAGGUCAGCGGGGGUAAAAUUUCCAACUGCCACCAUUUUGACGGCAAGGCCAUCGCCGAAGAGUACCUCCGCUCAGACCAUCCGAAGCUUUGGGAGAAGACGAAUGUGAUCUUUUGUGGGUUUUACUUGGAGAAUCUCGUUAGAGCGGUCGGUGAGAUGAUGCGACCGAAGCUGACCGAAGAAGGUCUUGUUCUAUAUAUGGAUGACGCUGUGGCCUCGGCUCCCUUUCCUUACUACUCUGCUGUCAACGAUACAGGCCCACUUGUCGAAGCUCUAAUCCGCGCUUCGCCAAGCAACAGAGUGAUCGGCGCCAACGAAUGGUUGAACUUGAAGGACUUAGCAGUGUUGAUUGGUGAGGCUAUGGGAGAGAAGGUCGAAUUCGUGAAUGAGAACCCGGUAUUUGACAUGGGGGGAGACGUAGAAAGAAUGCAGGAUAACUUGGAGAUGCUGAUGUUCGGUGUCGAGUUUGGUUAUGACGGUGGCAAAGUGGACAAGACUGUCGUUAAACCGACGGAACUGGGAGUUCCUCUGACCUUGCGUUCGGUGAAAGAUUGGGUUAAGGAUCAAGACUGGGCCAGUGUGUAUGGGAUCAAAGAUGGCCUCUCCGCCUAG